AUGUACGUCCCAGGGGUUGCGGCAAAUCUGAUCUCGGUGAGCAAGGCAACCGAGAUCGCAUCAGCUUUUUUCAAGGAGAACGGCAAUUGGGAGUGGUGCACGAGAAGACCGCCCCCUACCACGGCCGAGCAGAACGGGUCGGCAGAGCGGCUCAAUCGGCAACUGGUUGAGAAGGUCCGGGCGAUGCUCGAGGACUCGGGGGUGCCCAAAAAAUGUGCGGCGCGGGCCGUUGUGACGGCCAACUACAUCCGGAACCGGACCCCAGUGAGCGCAUACGGGAGGAUCCCGUUGGGAGGCGUUCUACUGCAAGAAGCCCAACGUCGGGCACAUGCGGGUGUUUGGGGCGCGAGCCUUAGGCACGUCCCAAAGAAGACGGAAGUUGGAUCCGAGGGGUAUUGCGCCAACUUGGCGGCGGAUGCGGAAGCGGGGAAGCACCCCAGAGGAACAAGGGAGCAUCCGGAACCGCAAAGUUAUCAAAAAGCCGUUGGGGGAGAAGAGAGUGACCUCUGGCGGAAGUCCAUGGACGAGGAGAUGCGUCCCCUUUUGGAGAACGGGACGUGGGAGAUCGUUGAAAAACCGGAAGGGGUCAAGCCGUUUCCCAUGAAGUGGGUCUACAAAAUCAAGCGGGACGCUCACGAUAUUGUGGAGCGGGCGCCGCGUGUGGCGCACAUGCGCUUGAAGGACGAGCUUGGGAACUUCGAGUUCGUGGCGUCCAUGGCGGACGCAGCGCUUUUCACGGGGAUUGUGGCCGGGGAGCGGGGCUACCUCGUGGUGUGGGUGGACGACAUCCUCGUGGAGGCAUGUGGAGAGGAGCGGUUUGUGAAGGUGAAGGCGCACUUGACGGAGAAGUUCGAUGUGCGCGAUGUGGAGAAGGCAACAAACUUCCUCGCGAUGGAGCUGACGCCCGACAGGGAGGCACGCAGUCUGAAGCUGACGCAGAAGAAGCUGACGGGGGAGCUGGUCGGACGUUACGGACUGGCGGACGCGCGGGCGCGUAGCGUUGCUCUUGGAACGGGGGACAAGUUAACGAAGGAAGGUGAGCCCCUCAACACAAAGCGGUUUCCAUACAGCGAGUGUGGGAAGCCCGCUGUACCCGAGUGUUUGCACGAGGCCCGACAUCGCACAGGCGGUGGGCGCGCUUGCGCGCUACAUGGCAGGGCCGACGGAGGCGAAUUGGCGGGCGACACUUGGCGUUGUGCGCUAUCUGGCGGGGACGGCGGAGGACGGGGUGACCUCGUGGGGAGCGAUGAGACUCUCGUCGGUUUUUAUGACGCGGAUUACGCUGGAGACGUGGACACGAAAGGGUCCACAAUGGGUUACACCUUCCUGAUGUACAGGGGGGCGGUGAGCUGGUCGAGCAGACUGUGGCCAACGGUGGCGGCCUCGACGGUAGAGGCGGAAUACAUGAGCGCAGCGCAAGCAGUGAAGGAGGCGCUGUGGAUCCGCAACCUCGGGGAGAUCUCGAGUUGGACCUCGGAACGGUCCAGAUCUACUGCGACAACCAGGGGGCAAUUCGGCUACUGA